CAGGUAGCAGGGAGGUGCGGAUAUUGCUGUCGUUAUUGUGUGUGUGACACUUUGACAUUGCAGUUAAGUCGUCGUGUUUCCUCUCCCCCCACCGUAUUGCGUAUGCUUCCCAAGGUCGCCAAACGAAGCUCGCCCUGGCUUUGGCGUACCUUCCAAUCAACCGUGGCCGUGUUGACUGUCGUCUUGGUCCUACUAGCCCUGUCUCCCGACUUGUUGGAACUCAACGGGUCCCAGGCAUCCAGCAUUCUGUUUUUCUCGACCACACCUUCGGUGGACUCUAUCGAUGAAUCGAAUACUAACAGUCUCGUGGAAUCCAUGCGGACCGAAUGUACCGAGUCUCAACGGCAGACGAUUCUUGCCCAGCUUCCUCCACAAGACUGCGAAAUUUACCAAGGAAAGCCCUGGGUGAACAAGUGCUCCUUUUCGUACGCGACUCGCUGUCCCGACGCCAUUUGGCUCACCGAGUUUUGGAAACAACCCGCGCUAUCAGAAACGCAACACCCUACCGCGAUUUAUGUCGGAUGCAACAAGGGAAUGGACGCCGUCAAUACCUUGCGGAUGAUAUCGGCCAAUACCGUAUUCGACAAAACAGCGUGGCGACAGGAAUUCUUCGCCAACGCACUCAAGCUGAAUCAAACCAUACAUCCCGGUCAUUGUGGACAAGAGAAUGUCGAACAAUUUGCAAUCUCAUCCGGUACCGGUACAGCCUCCCCCCUCGAUGCCUCCGUAUUCUGUAUCGAAGCCAUGCCACAAACCGCCGAUCAAUUGAAUCGUUCGUCGUAUCAGCUCGGCUGGCAAAAUUCCUUGGUGGUCACCAACGCAGCCGUGUCCUCCACCGACGGCAUUGCGUUGUUUCCGAGUAAACAGGCCGGACAAAAGAUUGGUGUGGAGAAUAUGGGCCUCGCGGACUGUCAAAACGAAAAAACGAAGCGACACUGCACGGAAAUACCUCAAUACACACUCGACACGUACGCCGAUAAAUUCAUCCAAAAGGAUGCCUGGAUUGAUUUUCUGAGCAUCGACGUCGAAGGGUUCGACUGGGACGUUCUCAUGGGCGGGGACAAAGUACUGGAACGGGUAAAGUACUUGGAGUUUGAGUACAACUGGAGAGGGAAUUGGAAGAAGAACGCCCUGUCUUCGACCAUGGAGACUCUCAAAUCAAAAGAUUUUGUUUGUUACUGGGCCGGUGCACAAGGACAUAUUUGGCGCAUUACUGAUUGUUGGAUGGAGCAUUAUAAUCUAAAAUUCUGGUCGAAUGUUGCCUGCGUGCGUCCACAGUCGGCACCCGCCCUGGCAGCUCGUAUGGAAGCAAUGUUCCAGGAAACCCUGGCUGCUGGCACUGCUAUCAAAUACGACCAUUAG